AUGGCCACAAACUCAGGAUCCUCUUCUGCCGCCCCCUGGCGUGCCCAGUUCCUCUCAGACAUCAAGCAGAUGGAACAGCCCUCCUUCACAUUCACCUCUCUCCACUCAUCCUCCUCCUCCUCCGUGCCGCGCGCACGCACGUGCAUCUACAGGGGCCUAUGGGCCUCCCUCCCGCCCAACGACAAGAACAAUGCCCCACGCAACCCAGACCUCUACGAGUCCGACAUGCCCGUGCUCACCUCGGACGCGCGGAUGGACAAGGUGCCCGAGAUCUACUCCUCCGGCCCCAGCAGCGGCGGAGAACAAGACGACGUCAGCCACUCGGGCGGCGGUGGUCCCGUCGAGGCCAUGUUCUGGGCCGUCCCGAUGGGGACGCAGUGGCGCAUCCGGGGCCGGGCGUGGGUCCUCUCUGCUUCUGACAUCGCGUCUGACGGCGCAGGUGCCAGGGCGGUGCGGAGUGCACUACUGGCACGGAUGAGGGGCCCAGGAGGAAAGGGAGAAGAAGCAGAUUGGGACUGGGAGAGAGAGGUCGUUGGGCACUUUGGGAACCUGAGCCCUGGGAUGAGGGGUAGCUUCAAGAAUCCGAGCCCAGGGACGCCGAGGGCGAAAGAACCGGGUCCCGGCGAAGGGCUGGGCCAGAAGGUGGGCGAUGAGCUUCUGGACGACGAGCUUGCGAGGAGGAACUUUAGGGUGGUGGUGAUUGUGCCUGACGAGGUGGAUCUCGUGAAUCUCAAGGACCCGGCUGACCAAAGGAGGUGGUUGUAUACAUACGUCGGGUCUGGCGCUAAGGCGACGAAGCCUGGUGGGAAGGUCGAGGGGGAGUGGGAGGUCGUUGAAUUGUGGCCUUGAUAGUGAGUGAGGGUGAGAGAGGGGGGGGGGGGGACACUGGAAUCGUGGGAUGAUCCUCAGCAUACAUAGACAGCUAUGUACACAUAAUUGCAAUGUUCUCAACG